CGACGAGAAAAUAUGGCGGAAAUACAAGCAAGUUUAGACGAUGGUUUGGCAAAAUAGUGCGAUAAAUCUCCACUUUUCUGUUGAAUGUUUAAUAACGACAAUAAUCGAUUACUUAUACGUCUACUGGAAUAUUUUUUAAGCGUGGUUUAAUCCAUGUUACUCUCUUCCUGAAGAGAAAUAACGCAUUCUGUCAACUUUCUGAUGCCGGUAAACGCACUGGAAUCUAUCCGUGUGAAUCCGACUGACAGCACAUUCAAACUCUUUUAUCUGUUAUAUUUACUGUUCGUUUAUAAGUUUGAAGAGUUGGUGAUUUCAUAGCUAAUUUACUCAUUAGUUUCAGUCAUUAGAAAAUUACCUUCAGGUCGUCUGUGCUGAAAAACUCAUUAAAUACAAUAGUAACAGGUGGAUAAUGACAGUCUAUUGAUUUAUUUUAGUUGUUAUUUAUUUAUUUUUUUUUCCUUCUCUAAAAUAUAAUGCACGUCUCGAGAAAUGUCUAACUACACUACACACGUUUAUGGUUAUGUUUCGAAUCAUAUUUCAUAUUGUGACGCAUGACGUACGUCACUCAUCACAUUAAGUCGCCUUGUUUCAGUGUUGUGGGAAUAUUGACUUGCAACAAUGUGCAGGCUGCUCAAGUAUUGCUUGAGCCACUUGCUUUAUGCUGCAAUGACCCGGCUAGAUGAAGUCAAUAAAGGGGUCAACACGUGGUCCUCCAUUCGUUACCUUGGAUACCUGUCCGGUCUUAAUUCAUUGGUGGCCAUUUGCUUGGGUCUUUUUGUACAAUGGGAGAAGACGGACGACACUAUUAUCUUGGUCAUUUUUAUUUUGGGCCUCUUUGUACUUGGGAUAGCUAGUAUUCUCCACUACUAUUUCAGCAUGGAGAGGGUCAGCCUCUUUCUGUUGCAUCUAUGGUUUGGUUUCCUUCUUGGUUUGCUGUGCUUCCUCAAAAUCCCAUCCAAAGAGGAAGAUGUUAAGGAGCAGGUGGCCAACUGUAUGUUAGUAGCCAGCAUGGUGAUAAGAAUCCUAUGGGCUUUAGUUGAAAGAAUGUGCGGUUGUACUCGGCAUCAACCUGCGUUCCUCAAAUCAAGGGAAGCUCUGGAGCUCACAGGCUUCGCUGUGGCCAGCACAACUCUGGUUGGCCAUAAAUCUGUAAGCCUCAUUGUUCUGACACUCUCCCUGGCUGCUCUAAUCGUGGACUUGCGCAUGAAGUCCUACCUGGCCCUUCAAAAUCUGACCUGUUUCUCUGGGGUCGCAAUAUUCUUCUUUCAGGAGUCUUUAGGGGUGUCCACCAACCCCUUCGCCCUGUCGUGCUUCUUCAGCCGCCUCGUCUGCGACCCCUUCAUGGAUGUCUACUUCAGCGGCCUUUCAGUCACUGAACGCUGGUCACCACUCUUAGUGAGAAAAGGCUUAUGGAGGCGCCUGUCCCUUCUUCCUCUAGUUGUGGUGGAGGUGGCUUUCCUCGUCAUGGCUGCUCUAAAGAUGAGAGAUCUGGAUCGGUGGUACCUGUUGAUCCCAGGUCUCUCGGUCUUCACUAUUUUCUGGAUCAUCUGCCACCUGGUUUUCUUGGUUACACUGUGGGGUUUCCACAGUAAGCUGAGUGACUGUCAGAGGCUGUGCAUGGGACACAUUUCAGAGGCUGGAGAACUGGACAGGGUCAUGGCGUCUAAGGGCAUGCGCCACUUCUGCCUCAUAUCAAAACGCCUGGUUCUGUUCAGCCUGGUGUCCACCGUCAUACUAGGAGCUCUGGCUUGGCAGCCAUCCAACAGUCUGUUUAUUGCCUUGUUUCUGCUGGUACUACCACUGGAGUCACUAGCCCACGGCCUCUUCCAUGAACUGGGAAACAGCCUCGGAGGAACCUGUGUGGGCUACGCUGUGGUCAUUCCAACCAACUAUUGCAGCCCAGAUGGUCAGCCCACCCUACUGCCCCCAGCUCAUGUGCAGGAACUCCACUUGCGCUCAACAGGGAUACUGAACAACGUGCAACGCUUCUUCUCCCAUCACAUGAUCGAGACCUACGGUUGUGACUACUCGACCAGCGGCUUGAGUCUGGAAGCCCUGCAAGCAAAGCUCCGCAUAUUCAUGGAGGCCCACACGGCUGAUGGCCCACGUCAUGACACCUACGUGCUCUUUUAUAGUGGCCACACGCACCGCAGUGGAGAGUGGGCCCUAUCAGGUGGUGACAUUUUGCGUCUAGACGAGAUCAUGCAGCUCUGGAGAGAGAAGAAUGCUGGUUUCUGCUCCCGUCUUAUCCUCAUUCUCGACACAGAGAACUCCCUCCCUUGGGUGAAAGAGGUGCAGAAAAUCGAGGGACUUUAUAUAGCAGUUCAAGGGGCCGUGCUCUCAAGUCCCAAAGACCUGGAACUCCAGGACGCACCUCAGCUUGGGGACUUCACCUCUCAGUGGGUAGAUUUCAACUGCAACCCUGAGAGCAUUGUCCGCUGGUCUGAGCGUGGACGGACCGUCCGAGCUGCCUACGGCAUCUCUAGACACUGGAGUGACUACAAGCUCCACCUUCCCACUGAAAGUGACGUGACAAGGCACUGGAGAAUGUACUUCCCACGCUUGACUUACCCUGUGGUUCAGCUCGCCCACUGGUGCGGAGGACUGAACCACUUCUGGGUUUGCGGUUACUGCGUUCGGCUUCUCUGGCGAAUUAAACUCACAUGGUUCCCUCCUUCGGUGCUAGAUACAGGCCAAGGUUUCAAGCUGGUUAAAUCAUAGAAUAGGACCUAUUAUGUGAUGAUACUCCAUGCAGCUGCAAGUCAAUGUAUCAGGACUCGGAUAGGUGAGUCUCACAUAUGGCAGCUUUUAGUUGUAUGGACCAGCAGCACAGUUGAUAAAAUCUCAGGUGUGAUUAAACUCCAGGUAUGUGUUUGUGAUGGUUAGAAUAGCUGAAACAUGCAGACAAAAGUGUCGUUUUUUCAUCACUAUACACAUGUCUGGGUAAUAUUUUACCCCAAGAUCUAAAGAAAAAUAUGUAAGAAACUAUUUUGCUCAAAGAAUAUAAAAUUUAUUUUUAGGACCACUAAGAUUUUUUUUGCAACAUUUUCUUGACAAUAAAUUAUAUUAUAUUAGAUAAUUGUCAGGAAUAUUUUCCUAUUUAUUUAGAAAUAUAUUAUUGUCACAAUUUUUAAGUAUAUUAAAAAUUAGCAAAUUUAAUUUAUUUAAAUUAAGCAUUUAUGCAUGGUAGUAUUUGUUGUACUGCCUUUAAUUUAUUCUGAGUUAAAAAAAUGAAAAAUUACUGUACUGCAGUAAUGAGAAUGUAAUGAGAAUCACUAUAGAGAAUUAUGGGAAUUACAAAAAAACAAACAAUCCUGAAAAGGAAAACUUGAGUACAAAUGACUAUUAUUAGAAUGUAGGGGAAAAUGUGCUUAAUUUACAUCAAAAUAAUUUCAUAAUGUACAAAAACUUAAUGGUCCAAAAAUAGGCUUUUUCUUUACGCAAAAUAAGAUUUUCUUUCUUGAAAUCAUAAACUAAUUUUGUGAGAUUCACCUGCAACACCGAUAAGUUACUGAUGGGCCAUGCUAUCAGCAUUGCAUCUACUAACAAGCAACUGUUACAGCUUUAACCUGUGAUAUUUUUAACCCUUUCUGCCAUUUUAAUGCUUACUACCAUUAUUUGUUUAUGAUUUUUGUAUAAGCUUUAUAAAAUGUACCAGCACUGAACCUUUGAAUGCUACAAAGUACACUUUUCAAGCACCACGUAGCACAGCAUGAAACCCAUUAGCAGUCUGCAGCCAUUUGUAGAGUGCAUCUUCUUUCUGUACUGCACUAGACAAAGCAUGGCCUUAUAUUUGGUAUCUAUACUGGGGAAGUCUCUACACAUGUUCAGAACAGUCUAUUGGAUAAUUAUAUUUGUAUUGGUGUAUGUUUUUAUUUGUUUAUACAGAACAAAAUUUUCUACUGUCCUUUAAAAAUCGUGCAACAUUUAUACUAUUUUGUGUACCUUGGUUGUUAAAUUGAAGUCUCAUUUAGCUAAACACUGAUAGUAUAUGACCUUGCCUGUGUUACGGCCAAGCAAGGAUUAUAUCUUUAGUCAUUUGACUAAUAAUGUGUUUUUCUAACUCUGUUAGCUAAAGUAAUGGAGUGGAUUUGUCAAAGAAUGCCAGCAUAACCGUGUAACAUAGACGUGUGGUAACGUGUGUUCUCAAGUGCCUUGUGCAAGAUUAUUCCUCACCCAAAGAUGCAAGGAUUUGCUCCUAAUGAAAUAUGCAAUAUUUAUUGAUUAAUCCUAGAUUGUAUGAAGAGGUCUGAAGGCUUUUUUAUUUUAUUUUAUUUUUUUAAGGGAACUUGUGAAAGACUUUCUCAAAAUGCAUGGUAUGAAUCAGUAAGUUACUGGGGAUUGAUGAUGGUAAAUGUUUCUUGAUUGUUUCUGUGAAUGAAAUCAACCCAUAAUCAGAAUGAGUGUGAAAUGAAUAAAAGAGUUGCUCUUUCAAUGCAAAAUUGCAUAUGGAAUUAUGCUUUUAUCUGCCAAGAGAAAAUAGACACUACAAAAUAUCUAUGUUCUGUGGGAUAUUCUAGUUUUAACUGAAAGUAGGUAUUGUAGAUGAAUUAUAUCUAAACAAGUAAAAGAAAAAAAGCAACUAAGAAUUAAAGGGAUAGUUCACCCAAAAAUUAAAAUUCUCUCAUCAUCUGCUGACCCUCAUGCCAUCCCAGAUGUGUAUGACUUUCUUUAUUCUGCUGAAAAUUUUUAGAAGAAUAUUUAAUCUCUUUAUGUACAAUGCAAGUGAAUGGUGGCCAGAACUUUGAAGCUGCAAAAAGCACAUAAAGCAUAACAGUAAUCCAUAUGACUCCAAUGGUUAAAUUAGGGCUGGGUGAUAAAUCGAUCGCGAUUAAAAAAAAUCCACGAUAUCGAUGAUAAGUUUUUGAUUAAUUUUCGAUAUUUAGCCUGUGUUCUUCAUCUAGACGAUCAGGUGUGUGUCGCUAAAAAUGCAAUCAGUUCGGCUUUCUCAGACUGUAUGAAGUUGCUAAUGUUAUCUGCCUUGCUAACGAUUAGGCUACACCAGUCACCGCAGUCCAGGACCGGCUUUGGACACUGGAUUGAUUCCAUCCAGACUGCAAGACAUCAUUCCCCGCAGAGUAGACAUGAAAUACGCAUAAGUUAACCUGGUUCCAGAGCACCUUUAGACCAUAAAGUUUUUUCCUUAUAAGUUUAGCUUUUUUAAUCAGCGUGUGAGCCUUCAGUAAUAAACAAAUAGAUUUCUGUUCUAAUUUUGUGAAAUGAAUCAGAUGUCAUCAUCUCUGGGAUGGAUGACAAGGAAAACCAAUAAAAUUACUAGUUUUGUAGCCUAGUCUUUCUCACUUUAAUGAAAAUAUAAAAAUGAUCCAUUCAGAUUUUUACAUUCUCUUUUUUUAUUUUUUUCUCCCCAAUUUGGAAUGCCCAAUUCCCAGUGUGCUUUAAGUCCUCAUGGCGGUGUAGUGACUCGCCUCAAUCGGGGUGGCGGAGGACGAAUCUCAGUUGCCUCCACGUCUGAGACCAUCAAUCCGCGCAUAUUAUCAUGUGGCUUGUAGAGCGCGUUAACGCGGAGACCUAGCGCUUGUGGAGGCUUCAUGCUAUUCUCCAUGGCAUCCACGCACAACUCACCACGUGCCCCACCGAGAACGAACCACAUUAUAGCAACCACGAGGAGUUUACCCCAUGUGACUCUACCCUCCCUAGCAACUGGGCCAAUUUGGUUGCUUAGGAGACCUGGCUGGAGUCACUCAUCAUGCCCUGAAUUCGAACUUGCGACUCCAGGAGUGGUAGUCAGCGUCAAUACUCGCUGAGCUACCCAGGCCCCCCAGACUUUUACAUUCUCUACAUUUUCUCUCAGGGGUUACCCCUGAACCCCCAUACAGUAUCAUUCCUCAGUCACAAGGGCUUCUAUGCCCCCAUACUUGGGUAUUUGAAUGUAAUGAAAUAUAAAAAUUAUUUGAAUGUAAUAAUUUUAUGCUGUCGUUAUGCUUCAAAACAAACAGAUCAUCUUUUAACAUUCAUGUCCAACUGCACUCGAUUGAUAAACUAUAUAAAACAUUUUAAUAUUUUGAUAGAAGAUCCUUCAGACACCACUGCUUUGGCAGUGGGCCCCCAAUACACUUUUGACUAUUUUGACUGUUUAGGAUUUUUUUCUUCUUUUCUUCUGCCAACUUAGAAAUAAAAAAAGUGCAAUGUGCAAAUGUGAAUGUAUAUCGUGAUAAAUAUUGAUAUGGAACUAUAUGAAAAAGAAUAUUGUGAUAAUAUUUUUUGGCCAUAUCGCCCAGCCCUAGGUUAAAUCCAUAUCUUCAGAAGUGAUAUGAUAGGUGUGGGUGAGAAACAGAUCAAUAUUUAAGUCCUUUUUACUAUAAAUUCUCCUCCCUGCCCAGUAGGUGGCGAUAUGCACAAAAAUUGUGAAUCGGCAAAAACUAAAGAAGUAGAGAUUUAUAGUUAAAAUAACUGACUUAGAUAUUGAUCGAUUUCUCACCCACACCUUCUAUCGCUUCUGAAGACAUGGAUUUAACCACUGGAGUCAUGUGGAUUACUUUUUUGCUGCCUUUAUGUGCUUUUUGGAGCUGGCCACCAUUCACUUGCAUUGAAUGGACCUACAGAGCUGAGAUAUUCUUAAAAUCUUUGUGUUCUGCAGAAGAAAGAAAGUCAUACACAUCUGGGAUGGCAUGAGGAUGAUAAUUUUCAUUUUUGGGUGAAUUAUUCCUUUAAUCCAUUUUUAUUAAAAUAUAUUAUGGUUACACCAAAACGUGUUUGAUAAAACAGCCUGAUAUACAAGUGCAUCCUUUUUGUAAAGCUUAACAUACAGUUUGUUAAUCGCACUAUAUGCUAAUGUCAUAUCCUCAUUCCAUGCCUUGCUUUUAGGUUUAAGCUGGUUUUUAAUGUAAUAAUUUAACAUUAUUAGGGUUAAUGGAUAACGUAAAUCUGUGGAACAUAAAGUUUUACUUGUAACAGUGUCAUAGGAAUGUAUUGUGGUGGAGACUAUUGUUUUAAUACCCCUUAUAAAACAAAUUUUAAUAUGACUACAUUAGUUCCAGGUUGCCCAGCAAAAUUUGCUCGAGGAAAGACAAAAUGUUUGGUUCAGAUGGUCUCUAGGCCUUUCUACUUAGACUUUAAUAAAAGAUCUAAUAAUA